CAUAAACGAUCAGGUCGUGCAUCGCGCACCACAACGAGUGGUUUGAAAAUUUUUUGUGUGUAUUUCUUUGUCUUGUCUUUGGGCAUCGGUGAGACUUUGUGCGCGCUGUAAAAACGCUCUGCUCAGCAUUUAUUGUGCGAGCAUCCUUGAAGUGCGCGCAAGUGACAAGUGAAGUCAAGCGAAUAUAUAUACUUAUAUAUUUUUAUAUACCGAAAAUUAUCACGACAAUCAAACGAUUCGAUUUGCUAGUUUUAAUUGCCUGCGAAAAUCGUUUAGUCACUUGUGAAAAUCACUGCUACCAAAUAAUUUGGACAAGGACGUAAUUUAAAACUUGAAACCAAUUGGUAAAUUUUUAGUGGAUAUUACAACAGCAGCACUAUGUUGGCACUUAAAAGCAUAACUUGGAUUUAUAUCGGUGCAAUACUCUUGGCGACGGCGACUUGCAUUCUGGGACAAGCGCAGCUGGACUAUCGCAAGCCAUGGCCGACGUACAGCCUGCAAAACAUGCCGCAGACGCGAUUCACAUGCCACGACAAGAUACUCGGCGGCUACUAUGCAGAUGCGGAGACUCAAUGUCAGAUGUUCCACGUCUGCGUCAAAGUGGCCGGAGUGGGGGUACAGGACUUCCGUUUCUUGUGUCCCAAUGGCACCGCCUUUGAUCAGGAAGCGCAAAUAUGUGCUGAUUGGGGUGACGUUGACUGCGAGUCCUCCGUGCUCUAUUAUGGCAGUGACAACUUUGAUCUGUAUCGUAUUGGUUCAGGUUUUGAAAGUAAACGUGCACCGUUAGCUGAAGAGGAAGAAGCAACGUUCCAUUUGCAGCGCGCCGAGAGCAGCGAUAUCCGCCGCUCCAAAGAGACGCGCGUUGAUCAAAAGUCACGCCCUGAUCAACCGCCGAACUAUUCAAAACACUUUGGUGCAACACCUCAACGCAACUCUUUCCAUAAUUAUGCAAAUUCAAAUACGCAAAGCAACAACAACAAUGACAACGAUGAUUAUGCACCCACAAAAGCACGAAGAAUCGAGACGACACCAGCGCGUAGACCUAUUGUUAAUUAUUAUACACCAACAACUUCGACCACCACCUCCACAACAACAUCAACAACCACGACCACUGAACGCAAUUUUGAUGAGUCAAAACAAGAGUAUGAUGACAUCUUUAAAGGUUCGCAUAGUUCGCAUUUCUUUGCGAACCGCAACGGGGGACGUGAGGACGAUUUCAUUGAUCACCCGGUGAAGGCGAAGUUCAACGACUUCAAUGACUACAACAAAAAGACUACGGAAAGCGCCACUACUGGCAAAACACGAGCACAACCAACACGCCCGAAGCGAAUUCAACAAACCAGCACAACAACAACAACCGCCACUUCCACAUUACUUGCCACAAAUGCACCGAAAGUUAUAAAGAAAAUUACAUUGCAAAGUUACUAUAACGCCAGUGGAUAUGACCUUACCCAACAAAAGUCCACUACCUCGUCGAACACCACUACAGCUGCUACCUCGACUAUACGCCCGAGUUACAGCGCUGCAAAUCGCUUCAGCUUCAAUUCGAACGACUAUCAGACACAAGAGAAAAUUGAGCCAACGACCUAUAACCCGACGAGCAGCGUUUAUCGUAUUAAAAGCACAACGCCGAAGUAUACUGAGUUCACACGAGAGAAUACUGUCAGCGCGAGAGGAAGAAGCGCCAGCACGAGCACAAGCGCGAGUUCGUAUCUACCCAAAGAGACGACGCAAAGUCAAAGUAAGCCGACCGCUUCGGCGCGUAAGGCGCAAAAAUUAGAACGCACACAACAGAAGCUGGCCAUCGCUAAUGAAUUUGAUGAUUUCUCGAAAAUAAAAUUACAACCACCGCAGCCUUUCCAACCUGUACAGAAUACGCAGCCAACACAGUCGACGCAGUCAACACAGCCCUCUCAACGUCCAACAACAGUGUAUCAGUACCAGGAACCGCAGUACUUCCGUUCACGUGGCACAAAAGGUGAAAAGUCACAACGUCAAGGCAAUCAAGAACCAACUUCAUUUAGUGGCUCUCAAAAACAACGCGGUACCACUACUACAGCUGCCGUUAGUACAACCAGAUCCACUGUUAAUCCGGAAUCGCGUCCACGCGGUUUCGCCAGUCGCGGCAGCAUCAAUUAUAAAGCGACAACACAACGCGAGACGGAUUAUUACGCGCCUACGACGAGCACCACCAAGAAAUUCUCUACGCUCGUGCCGAAAACGCAGCAAUCGCUAACACCAACAACAUUCAAGCCAACCACUUAUCAGAAACCAUUGGAUACUUUCCUAUAUCAAACACAGCAAACUGUGCGACCCUCAAGUAAGGCGACCAAACAGCCGGGUAAUGUAAUUAACACUUUAACCCCUACGACUGCCAAUCCUCACUAUGACCCCGAUGAGGAUGAUGGUCAAUACCACCCGGAGUUGUAUGAGGUUGAUUUCCCACGCAACCGUUUCAAUCUACAACGCUCAUCUACAAUAAAAGCGCCGACUACAGCAACGACAACCACCACACGUUCUUCUAAUUACAACAAUGAUUUUCAGAAUCCACAAAAACACCUGAAAACCCAACAACAAACCGCAUUCCGCAAACAGCAAGAAGAAGCGGAACCAACCGAUUUGAGUGAUGAAGAUGAACUCUUUAAAACCGCACAUUCUUUGAAUUUCGGCGCUGCCAGCAUCAAUAAAUUGCGCGCAGACAUUUUCAAAGCCGAGAAGAAUUCACAGCAAUACAACUCACAAUAUAGCCCGCAGAUUGAGACGUCAUCGACGAGAUCGACUAGUAUCUCAACGGCCUAUACAACAACCACACCCAGCACCACUUAUAAUUACUUCGCCUACUCCACAACUCUGCCGACAACUAAGCUGUAUACCUCCAGCACCACCAACGCACCGCCAACGACGGCAUCCACCACAACUACCACUAGACGACCUACCACAUACAUUACAACACCAUAUAGUGCGCCAGUCUCGACCACCAAGGUGACAAAGGCGCCCAAGAGCAGCAAAUCGCCAGCGAAAAAGGGCAAGAAAGGUAAAGGCGCCUCCAAGCGUCCACCACAUGCCGAUGAGGACACCAGUUACGACUAUGCCUACUAUGACACCGACACGUUGAGCGAGUCCCCGCAGGAAUAUCCAGACUACGAGAUUCCUGAAUUCGUAAAAACUCGCAGAAACUGAGGCAGUGAGAGAUGACGGAAUUCACACAAAACACCCGUACUUCAUAGUCGCGCCAUCACUUACAGUUACAAAAGAAUAUUUGAACUAUCUCUAAUCAGUGUUGUUCUGCAAAAAAGGGAAGUUAGAGUUGAGUUCUUAUCUCCCUUACUAUUUGCAACGAAAUUAGCUUCUUUGAAAAUAUUGACAAAGCUUGAAGUCGGUGUCAGUGCCAGAGUUUUUUAAUGUCACAUAUACGUCAUCCGCCCACUGUCAACCUGCCUAUAGCCGCAGCGUGUGCCGCACACUUCAUUAUGCAGUUAUUUUUUUUUACUUUUUAUACCCCAUCCAAUAUCUUGUAAUUUAAUAUUAUUAUUUGCGUGUUUCUAGUUAUUUGCGAAAUAAUUAUAAAAAAUACGCGAAAAAUGGCGCAGUUCAUAGUCGUUAGACAAAUACUCAACAAUUUUAAUUUAGACCUCGAUUUUUUAUGUUUUGACUUUUUGUGCUCUAAUUGUCUUUCUUUUUUAUUUAGAAUUUUCGAAAAUAUUUUAUAUUUUAUUUUUAUUUUUUAUUUAUAAAGAAGACAAGUUGAGUUAAGUUACAUAAGUUCGAAAUGACAAUUUAUUGUAACAACAAAGUGUAUUUACUUUGUAAGUUUUUGCUGUAAAUAAAUUUUAAUAAAUAUUUAAAAUAAAUAA